GAAGUGCUAACCAGAUGAGACAAGAUUUCGUACAAAGACUUCAGGUUUUUUUGGUAACUAUACUGAUGUUAGUAAUAGUAAUUGUUAUACUUAGAAAUGAGGCUGCCGGAAACAAUAAAGGCCAGGUAGUUGGCAAUAGUAACACCGCCAUACAGAAAAGACAUUACAGUGAUGAUAGGGGUGAAUUGGUAUACAGGUAUCAUGAUGACGAUGGUUGGUCAGAAGAAGAAUUAGUAGAUUAUGUUGAGUUAAACAAGCGAAAUACAUGGUGGACCAAGACAGCCGGAUCUGUAUCAUUGACAUUAGCUGUGGCAACGGCAGGUGCUGUUGCUUAUGCGCCUGCAUUCUUCUUAGGCGGGAUAGGAGCUAUUAUAUUGGGACUAUUGUUAGCAAUAACAUUUGUUACAGGACAAUAUUCAAUAUGGGGGAGCCUGUCAUACAAACGUAGUAUGUCACAUGUCUAUUCAGGUCAAUACAUGGGUGCUGAUGCCACGUGUAACCAUAUGUACUACUACAACGUCACGCACAAUUUGGGGAAUGGCAUACAUAAUGUAUUGUCAAACAAUGGUUUACAUAAUUAUACCGCGUUUACUAUAAAUUCAACUAGUGGCAGUCUGCCAGGUUUGGUACACAUGAAUUCAACGUUAGGCAGUCAUCUAAUGAAGACAUUUAAUGGAUAUACUAUAACAGAUUUAGUGAAUGACAUCGUGCAACAACACUCUUCUAAUUGUACUGGUGAAUGUCAUUUGGAAAAGAUGUAUGGUAACAAGACCGUUAGAAAUGUAAAGAGAUCAACUCCGUUUCAGAUUAAUUGGUCAAGUUAUAACUAUGACUUAUGGCUGACAUCAAAUUUUGGCAAUGAAGUGGGCGGCCCAGACUUUGAUGGCAACGCACUCGAAAAUGACGUGAACGAUGGUUAUUCCGAUGUGGGUUAUCCUGACACAUGGAAAUAUUGUUUGUGUGUAUCUGAUGAUCCUGGACAGGACUAUGAUGACAUUGGAGAUUUCAUGGGCUCUGCAGGUGAGGUCUAUUUCAAUACUUAUGGGGGAGUGGAUGGCUAUUGUAAUGAUUUUCAUUGUGGUGCCCAGUGUUCACUGUGUUCUUUUCAAAACAAAAGAGACACUGUGUUCUCGUACGAUAAAUGAUAGUAGCAUAGAGGUGAAAUAUAUGCUGUAGGCAUAUAUAUACGAGUGGCACAAUGUGCUGUGUGGUUAACAUCAAUAUCGGCAGUUAUAAUUAUUAUUAUGUAGAUGGGAC